UGGAGAAAGUAGUGCCUCUCUAUUCACAUUAACAGCGACUUUGUAAUAACAACCUGCACAGCCGUCAUUUCUCAAUGGAACAGAAAAAGAAAAACUGACAGCGACGUUUUUUCCCUCCCGGUACCGUGGGGCAAGGUGGUUAAAAGAAAAAAAUCAGCGUUAAGUCGAAAUGGAAACAAAUCUUUAGGGAACAGAAGGGAUGUUUGUGGACGCUCUCUGAAGGAAAAUUAUCCUGACGCUGAGGUGUCAGUUUUGGUUUUCCCAGGAAGAUCCGUGCUAUUCCAGAAUGGCUCGCUUUGAAGACGAACUGUCUAGCCGCUAUAGUGGCAGCUGUCCCGUGGGCCCGACCAGAGGGGCCAGCCGGCAGCCGGGGCCUGCGGGGGUCCAAAGGAUGUACAAGCAGACGAUGGCCCAGAGAGCCAGGACCAUGGCCAUUUACAACCCUAUUCCAGUCAAACAGAACUGCCUCACCGUCAACCGCUCUCUGUUCAUCUUCAGUGAGGAUAAUAUCAUACGAAAAUAUGCCAAAAAGAUCACCGAAUGGCCUCCAUUUGAAUACAUGAUCCUGGCCACCAUUAUAGCAAACUGCAUUGUGCUGGCCUUGGAGCAACACCUACCAGCCUUAGACAAAACACCAAUGUCAGAGCGUUUGGAUGACACAGAGCCCUACUUUAUUGGAAUAUUUUGUUUUGAGGCUGGCAUCAAGAUCAUUGCCCUGGGCUUUGCCUUCCACAAAGGCUCCUACCUGCGUAAUGGCUGGAAUGUAAUGGACUUUGUGGUGGUUCUAACAGGGAUCCUGGCCACCGUGGGGGCUGACUUUGAUCUAAGAACACUAAGAGCAGUGAGAGUUCUACGGCCACUCAAACUCGUCUCUGGCAUUCCAAGUCUUCAGGUGGUAUUGAAGUCCAUAAUGAAAGCCAUGGUACCCCUACUGCAGAUUGGCUUGCUGCUCUUCUUUGCCAUCCUAAUGUUCGCCAUCAUUGGCCUCGACUUCUACAUGGGCAAGUUUCAUCGCACCUGUUUCAGAAUAGACACAGAGGAGCAAGCAGCAGAUUUCCCCUGUGGCCUGGAGGCUCCAGCAAGAACCUGUGCCAAUGGUACCGCCUGCAGGGAGUACUGGACCGGACCUAACUUUGGCAUCACUAACUUUGACAAUAUCCUCUUCGCUGUUCUCACCGUUUUCCAGUGCAUCACCAUGGAGGGAUGGGUGGACAUUCUCUACAAUGCCAACGAUGCCUCAGGGAACACGUGGAACUGGCUAUACUUCAUCCCCCUCAUAAUCAUCGGUUCCUUCUUCAUGCUCAACUUGGUGCUAGGUGUGCUGUCAGGACUCUCCAGCGUUUCUCUGCCUGAUCUCCCGGUUACGACCCUGCUUGCCUCCGACUAUCCUGCCUUACCGAUCUCCUGGAAAUCACCUCAGCCUUCCGUCCCCGACCACGAUCCUUGCCUGUCCCUUUCUGGGUUCUGCCUGUCUGCUCCCUUGGCUAUCCGGUGA